AGAAAACCAACAAAAAGCCUAAAAAAAAAAAAAAAAUUAAUUAAAUAAAAUAAAAUCCAGAGCCAAAUUUUCCCACGGUGCCUAGCCCGACCGCGGACAUAGCCGGGCGGAGGGUGCCACGUGGGCGGACUGCAGGUGCGCCGCCGCCCGCGACCCGCGCCAUGAAGACCACACGCCCACGAUCGCCCUCCCACGCGGCCAAGAACAAGACGCCCGAGGACCGCGUGUGGGAGUUCGGGUGCGUGCUGGGCGAGCGGAAUGGGCGUCUGCUCUGCCGCCCAUGCAACCUGGCCCUCGACCACACCCGCAGGUCCACCAUCGUCGAGCAUCUCAGGUCGAGAAAGCACCAGAGGUUCCUGGAUGAAGUGGGCCUCUUAGAGUCCCCGGCGGCCACUGCACCGCCCGUGCCCGCUUCGUUGACUGGUCACACUACCAUCUUCGCCCCAGCCGUCAUCUAUGUGGAUGGAGGAGAUGACACCUCGAGACAGGAUGCUUCGGAACAGCCUUCUUCCCCUUCUCAAGGACCUCAGGAGCUGGUCGGGCCUUACCUGCUGAAGAAGGAAUCCCACUGCACGACCGUCCUGGAUCAGCUGCUCCGAGACGACACCUACACUGACGUCACGCUCACAGCUGAGGGCCACAGCUUGAGGGCCCAUCGGAUCGUCCUGUGUUUAGCAAGUCCAUAUUUCCGCCAAGUUCUGAGUCGCGAGAUGAACGUGCAGAGUGUGGUGCUUCUUCGGGAUGUUAAGUUUGCCGAACUUAAAAACAUCAUUAAUUUCAUCUACACAGGCGAGGCCACCGUCGACGCCACGGAGCUGGAAUCCUUCAUGCGGACGGCGGAGAUGCUGGAGAUCUCGUCCCUGUGCGAGGGCAGAAGUGCAUCGCCAGCCGCGGGUCCCAGUCGUCCGGAGGCGGGGGCGGGUCGUCGAGCUCGGGUUUCACCAUCGCCGACUUCGAGAAGCUGGUCGGGGCCAAGAGGACGCGGAGGGUUCCUCGUCGCCGACGCCGUGCAAGUCGAUUCGGCUCUCGGGCGAAGACCAGUCCUCGCGGUGCUCCUCGGCCGAGCCCCCCGCCAACCCGCUGGCGCUCAUCAAGGAGGAGCCCCUCGACGGCACCUCGACGCCGACGGGGCAGCCGGCCGACGGGACGCCAAGAGCCGAGACGCGGAACCCGACGGCGGCGCUGACGGCGGCGGUCGGGAGAGACGGGAGUCGUCGGGGUCGAUCGGGGGCUUCGCGUCCAUCGCCGGCCUGCAGAAGGAGGCGUCGGCGGCGAGGGGGCGAGGGGGGCGCGCAGGAGAUCUUCCUCGCCACGACGGAGGCCACGACGGAGGAGGCGGAGGGCGCGGCGGCGGCGGCGGCGGCGGCGACGGGCCGGCGGGGCGGAUGCGGCGUCGUCGUGCCGGAAGAUGUCCGUACUGCCCCCACUUGACGCAGAAGUUCGAGGGCGUGCCCAUGAUGCGGCAUCUCCUGGUCUCUCACCCCUGCAAGCCGGCCUUCCCCUGCGACUCCUGCUGGCGAGUGUUCGUCAAGAGAGCCAGCUUCAAGAGCCACCAGCAGAAGUGCCAAGCCCAGGCUGUCUAA